CGUUAUUGGAUGUUGAGAUUACAGCACGCGUAAGCACGGGGCAUUUGAGCCACCGACUCUUCGGAUACGGCAUCUAUAUAAUUGACCGUACGGACUAGGACUAGGUGAUUCACCUCGUGGUAUAUAAACCAUCCUUAAUAAAGACCUUUACAAUAAAAUAACUAACUCCGACAUCAAUCUUUAUAACAAUCCUUAAGCCCAUUUCAUUCUUCACCAUGAGCAAGGCUCAACAGCCGUCAGACCCGACUUUCCGAGCGUACAGCGCCCAGCAAGGCGCAACGUAUGCUGAACAUCGUCGGAACUAUAAUCCCAAGCUAUACGAUGCAAUAAUUAGCUUUCAUAAAGAGGGGUCUGGCCAGUUUGAUGCCCUCAUCGAUGUUGGCUGCGGACCAGGAACAGCAACUCGCAGCCUUGCCCCUCACUUCAAGACUGCCUAUGGACUUGACCCCUCGGAGGGAAUGAUUAGCACUGCGCGAUCUAUCACCACGCUCGAAAAUGUUAAGUUCGAGGUCUCCUCAGCUGAGUCUCUGGGAUCUGAACUUGCCAACCCCAUUCCUGAUGGCAACGUCGACGUGAUCACUGGAGCCACUUGUGCCCAUUGGUUUGACAUGCCGCGAUUUUGGGAGCAAGCUGCCAAGACACUCAGACCUGGAGGCACAGUGGCUCUGUGGACAGCUGCUAGUGUCCGAGUCGAUCCGUCGAUGCCCGCUCAUGAAGCCGUACAGGGAGUUAUCGACGAUCUUGAUAACUUGGUUGAAGACUAUAUGCUGCCCGGUAACCUGAUGGUCCGUGAUCUAUACCGUGGUCUACCGUUGCCUUGGACUCUUGAUCCCCCUGUUUCAACAUUUGAUCAAGACUCAUUCGUGCGCAAAGAAUGGUGUACCGGACCAGAUUCUGAGACAAUGUUCUUUGAGCAUUCGCCGCCAGUUAAUUUGGAUAUGGUGGAGAUGGUUCUUGGAACCGCUAGUCCUGUUACCAGAUGGAGGGAGGCUCAUCCUGAAGCUGUCGGAACGGAGAAUGACGUUGUUCGUCAAAUCAGAAGAAGAAUUGAGAAGAUCCUCGGAGACGCAGGCGUGGAGAAAGGCAAGGAGAUGCUUACGGGCGACAUGACUGGUGUCUUGUUGCUUGUUAGGAAGAGGGGCGACUAGGUGUCUUACAAGACAAGAAAUGACUAUUGAAAGAGCUGCUUUGAUAGAAAUUACAACCAGCAAUCUUAGUUCUCGAGCUGACAUUCUUGUU